GUUUGCAACUUGCAACUGUGAAAACUGGUGAAGUGCAGCAUCCACCACCACCAACCCCCCACCCCCCACGCCCCCACAACGCUCCAGCCCAAAUUCCCCUCACUCCCACACUCCACUGUCCACUCCAAGCUCACCCGAGCUCCAGCUACUCAGCUCCUCGUCGCCGUCUCGCCGCCGCCGCAAUGCCGCCCCUCAUCCUGGUAAUGGCGGCGCUGCUGCUCCCGGCGGCGGCCGACGCGACGUCGUCGGUGCUGCUGGGCAUCAACUACGGCCGCGUCGGCAACAACCUGCCCCCGGCGAACGCCGUGCCGCCGAUGCUGUCGUCGCUCGGGGUCGGCCGAGUCCGGCUCUACGACGCCGACCCGGCCACCCUCCGCGCGUUCGCCAACACCGGGGUGGAGCUCGUCGUCGGCGUCCCGGACGAGUGCCUGGCUGCCGUGUCAACCCCCUCCGGCGCCGCGUCGUGGGUCCGCUCCGUCGUCCAGCCGGCGCUCCCGGCGACCAAGAUCGCGGUGCUCACCGUCGGCAACGAGGUGCUCACCGGCGCCAACAGCUCGUCGCUGUCGCGGUCGCUGCUCCCGGCGAUGCAGUGCCUCCACGACGCGCUCGCGCAGCUCGGACUCGACAAGCAGGUGGCCGUCACCACGGCGCACAACCUCGGCGUGCUCGCCACGUCGUACCCGCCGUCGUCGGCGUACUUCCGCAAGGACCUCCUCCCGCUGCUCUGCCCCAUCCUCGACUUCCACGCCCGCACCGGCUCGCCGUUCCUCGUCAACGCCUACCCCUACUUCGCCUACGCCGAGGACCCCACCGGCGUCGAGCUCGAGUACGCGCUGCUCGAGCCGACCUACGCCGGCGUCGCCGACCCCUCCUCCGGCCUGCACUACCCCAACCUGCUCGUGGCGCAGGUGGACGCCGUGUACCACGCCAUCGCGGCGGCCAACACCGCGGCGGCGCGGGCGGUGGAGGUGCGGGUGUCGGAGACCGGGUGGCCGUCCGCCGGCGACGCCAACGAGACCGGCGCGACGCCGCAGAACGCCGCGAGGUACAACGGCAACGUGAUGCGCCUCGUCGCCGACGGGAAGGGCACGCCGCUCCGGCCGUCGGUGGCGCUGCGCGCCUACAUGUUCGCGCUCUUCAACGAGAACAUGAAACCCGGCCCGACGUCGGAGCGAAACUACGGCCUCUUCAAGCCCGACGGCACGCCGGUCUACGAGCUCUCCUACCGCCUGCCCAAGGACAACACCAACUCCGGCGGCGGCGGCGGCGGCAUCGGCGGCGGCAGCGGCACCAUUGGCGGCGGCGGCGAGUACAAUGGCCAUGGCGAGGAUGGCGGCUACUACAGCAUCUCGGCCUCAGCAAAGCCGGCAGGUUGGUGGACAUGGUGGACACAAGCAGCUGUAGCAGCAUGUGUGGCUGUCCUGAUGAGGAUGAUGGCAUUGUGAUUGUGAGCAGAUCAAGUGAUGGUAGUAGGAAGGAAGCCUCUGGUUUCUAAUGGAGUCAGAGGAGGCGCACAUUGGGAUGCAUUGCUUCUUGCUGUUGCUGCAGUGGACAAAGGCAUUGAUGGUGGUGAAUGUCCCUUAAUUUAAUCUCUGUCCUUGCCAUGUUGUUGUAAUUGAUAUGGCCUUGUAAUUGAGGGGGUAAUCUAAUGGGUUGGUCAGUGUCAUUAAACUAGACUUUUUUUUCUCUGUUUUGAAGCUCUUCCUCUCUUGAAUUUUGAUAUUAAAUUGUUCAUUUUGGGGAGAUAA